UCACGAACCACUACAAAAUACAUACGCACCUAUAUUCUAACCUCACCUUCUGACAAUUUACAUUUACGAAAUCUGCAAUCGACAUGUCCGCCCUCUCCUCCCCCCGCCCCUCAAUCGCCUCAUCCCGCGCCCACUCUCCAACACCAACAUCCUCGCACCGACCCUCCCUCGACACCCUCAACACAAACUACAACCUCAACAACCUCAGCGCCUCCUCCACCCCAUCCACCGCCCGCGCUGUCUCUCCAUCCCUCCACCCCCGUCGCAACCGCGCCGCCCUCCGCGACUACUACAACCUCAAACCCUCCUCCGCAGCCGAUCCCAACAAUGACGGGCGCCGCUCACGCAGCAUCCCGCGGCACACCGACGCAGGCGACAUCUCCAGCAGCAGUAGCGGUGCCGGCGGCCCAUCCAUACUCUCCACAACAGGAACCGAGCUCGAUAGCCCGGACUUCGACCCGCAACGCUACGUGAACCAGCUCCUCGCUUCGUCGUCGCUAUCGACGGUCCUGAAAGCGGAGAAUACGCUUGUCGGGGAUAUCCGCACGUUGGACAGUGAGCGCAAGGCGCUGGUGUAUGAUAAUUACUCGAAGUUGAUUAGGGCUGUUGAGACGAUUGGAAAGAUGCGAAGGACCAUGGAUGAUCGGGGCGCGCCGUUGACGAUGACGAAGACGCUGGGGCCCGCGAUUGCGUUUGUGGCGGAGACUGCUGGGGGUUUGAUUCAGGAGGGGGAGGAGCAGCAGAGGAGGAUGAGGGAGGUUAAGGAGAGUGAGGGGGGUGAGAGGAGGAAGGCUGAAAAAGGGACGGUGAAGUGGGUGCUUGCGGCGCCGGGGAGGUUGGAGAAGUUGUUGGAGGAGGGGAAGGGGGAUGAGGCGGAGGGGGAUUGGGGUGAGGUGAAGAAGUUGUUGGAUAAGUGGGAGGGGGUGAAGGGUGUGAAGGAGGUUAGGGAGGCUUGUGAGAAGGUUAUGGAGGGGAGAGAAGAUUGAGUUGGGGGAUUCUAUACCUGAGGGUUUUUCAGACUCAUCAACAGUUGGAUUGGGGUUGAUAUGCCCCGCAAUGCGUGAGAGUAGCCUCUCCGGAGUCAGUACGGUGCACCCAUGUUCAGUUGAAGAUCCAUCUUCAUCUCGGGUUCAUAACGUGGGCCCCAGCAUGGUACAAGAGGGUGCCUUGCUAUCACCAUUCAGCCACCUCCAGACCGACAGACAUUUGUCUCAUCCAUCAAGGCAUUUAAACAGCUCGAGCCGGUCUCUGAGCUACCACUUAUCUUCUAUAAGCCACUGCAACGCAAUAUAGAUUAAUGAAACCAU